AUGGAUUUCUCUCAAGCCACCGCGGAUAUCAUCUCUCAACUCACAACCGAGGAAAAAAUUAGUUUACUGGCAGCUGUCGACUGGUGGCGUACACCGACUAUCCGCAGAGAUGCCAGUAUCUUGGUUCCUCACAUCAAGAUGUCUGACGGCCCAAAUGGCGCUCGGGGCGAAAGCUACGUCAGCGGCAUCACUGCGGCGUGCUUUCCAUGCUCGACCAACGUAGGAGCAACGUUUGACUCACACUUUGCGUUCCGUCUGGGCCAGGAGAUUGCGAGAGAGACAAAGACAAAAUCCGCCAAUGUUCUUCUCGCGCCCACCAUGAACAUCAUCAGGUCUCCCCUAGGAGGAAGGAACUACGAGACGUACUCAGAAGAUCCUUACUUGAUCGGCACUUUAGCCUCGGCAUUUGUUCGAGGAUGUCAGACCGAGGGAAUCGCUGCUGCUCCGAAGCACUUUGUUGCCAACGAGUCGGAAAAGAGCAGGACAAAAAUGACGUCCAAUGUAGAUAUGCAGACCCUGCGAGAGAUCUAUAUGCUGCCUUUUCAGCUGGUAAUGCGAGACUCGGAUCCCUGGUGUUUCAUGACUUCGUAUAACCGUCUGAACAGAGAAUAUUGUGCAGACAGUCACUGGUUACUGCAAGAAGUAUUGCGGAAGGAAUGGGGCUUUAGUGGUCUUGUGGUCUCUGACUGGAUGGGAACAUACUCAACCGCCCUGGCUCUAAACUCGGGUAUGGAUCUGGAAAUGCCAGGUCCAACGAGAUGGCGUGGAAACAAGCUUCUACAGGAGAUUGAAGCCGGCAAGAUUACCCUAGAGACCUUGAAUGAGAGUGUGGGUAGAGUCAUAGAUCUUGCCAGGAGGACAGGCCGAUUUGAGGACCCUAUCGAGAAAUCAGAGUUCUCGGAGGAGAAUCCUGAUCGACGUGAGUUCAUCACACAGCUAGCCGCGGAAGGCAUGGUGUUGUUGAAGAAUGAGGACAACGUUUUACCAUUAUCUCCAAACACCACCGUCGCCGUCAUUGGGCAUCAUGCCCUUAGCCCUAGUAUCGGAGGUGGCGGCAGCGCAAAGGUUCUGGCUCAACACGUCAUCUCACCUCUCGAGGGUCUCAAAGCGCAAGGUGUGCAGUGCCGACAUGCGCCUGGAGUGCCUGUGUUUGGAGCUCUCCCUCACGCCGACCCUGGAACCAUCUCGUCAGUGCGGCUCAUUUGGUUCAAUGGCUCCUUGGUAGGAGAGAAUCUUGCUUAUGAGCAGACCAUCGCGGAGGCUGAGUAUAUGAUUAAGGAGGCUUGGCCAAGCUUUCUCGACCAAGAGUACUGCUCUAGCAUGAAUUUCAUACUUCGACCUACUACAAGUGGCAGCCACAUUUUCUCCGUCAUAACCACCGGAAAGGCCGAUGUGUUUAUUGACGGAGAGAACGUAUUCCAUCGCCAACAAGAGCCCGUGCUGGUUCCCGAGUCAUUCUACUUUUAUAAGGCGAAGAUUGAGCGACGGUUUACGUUCAAAAUGGAGGCGGAUCGGGAGUACAAGAUUGAGCUGCGUUCUUGGGCAACCGAUAAAGACAUCCUGUCCCGAAUUGGCGGGACCAUGUUUCAAGGAGCCUCGCUUCGAUUCAUGGAACAUGUAGACAUUACAGGGGCCAUAAGAGAUGCAGCAGAUGUAGCAUCGUCCUCUGAUGUUGCGCUAGUCUUUGUUGGCACAACCAAUGAACUGGAAUCAGAAGGUUAUGAUCGCGAUACAAUGGACCUAACUCUGGAUCAGUACGACUUGAUAAAUGCCGUGGCUGCUCGCAACCCACGCACAGUUGUUAUUAACCUAUCUGGAUCCCCUGUCACCGUCUCUCCUUUUAUCGGCAAGGUUUCAUCGUUUCUCCAGGCAUGGUUCGCUGGCCAGGAGUGUGGAAAUUCCAUUGCGCGGGUCCUCACUGGACGAGUCAACCCCUCAGGCCGUCUCCCAAUGUCCUGGCCACAAAAGAAUGAGGACAACCCCGCAUAUCAUAACUUCCCGUGCGAUGACAAUCUGGAUCUGAACUACGAGGAGCGCCUCAAGGUUGGAUACCGCUUCUAUGAUGACGAGUCAGCUCCAAAGCCCCAGUUCUCCUUUGGAGCUGGUCUCUCCUACACUGCAUUUGAGCUGGCAAGUAACUCAAAGGCAGUAUCGUCGUUCGAAAAGAGUGACGAAUCUGAAGUAUCGGUAUCGGUGGAAUGCGAGGUGAAAAAUACAGGCAGAAGAGAUGGCAAGCAGGUUGUACAGCUGUAUGUCAGUCUGCCUCAGUGCGAUGGUAAUCCCCGUCCAGUCAAGGAACUCAAGGCAUACCAAAAGAUUUCUAUUUCUGCAGGAGAAACAGAAAAGAUUGCAUUUGAACUGGACAGGUAUGCGUUUAGCUACUUUGAAGCUCAAGCGAACAGGUGGAAGGUACCUCAAGGCGAAUUCCUGAUACAUUUAUGCUUCAGCGCAGCCAAAAUACUUCAGACACUUCGUGUUGAAAAUUCAGAAGACCUCUACUGGUCGGGAAUAUAG